CCUAAAGACACGAUUUCCCCCAUUUCAAAUCGCACCCUCUCUCUAAUACUUUAUGCGGCCGAGAGAUUAAAAACCCUAGUUUUCGUGGUAGAUAUUAUCCCUAAUUCCUCUAUCAUCUUCCUUACCCACCUCCUGAAUCUACCUUCUUCCUCUCCUUUUCAAGCUUCUGUAUCGAUUUGUCAUCACAAACGUCCAUAUCACACGCACCUACUCACAAACCUCCAUAUCAUUUUCCGACAUGCGAGGAAACAACAAACCAGAUCACCGCCUCCCACCGAGGCUGUUCACCACAGACCGGUCCCCCAGCGGUCGACUCAACAUCUAUUCCAAACCGGACCUUCUAGCUUUCAUACAGCAUGUUCUCCGGGGCACCAAGGAGCUCCAGUACAUCAGGGAGUCUUGUUUUGGAAAGUUAUUUGAGCUCCCAACACGUCAAUGUCCUGUCUCGUGUAAAAUAAUAUACACCUUUCUGUCCAGACAACUAAUUGUGGAGGACAAACACACACUCUGGUCAGUCUUUCGAAGCGAUCCCAUCCGUUUCGGCCUCCAAGAGUUCGGUACAAUCACAGGUUUGCCGUGUGGAGAUUUUCCGGCAGGGUACAACACUGAAUUGGAAGACCAGAGCAAAGUUCACAAAGAUCCUGACUGGAUCAAGCUGAUCGGAAAAAAAGAGAUACACCACCAUUGCUGAUCUACGCCACAAGCUCGAGACUGACAAAACGAUGUCAGGGAUGAAGAAGCUGCGCCUAGCUCUAAUAAUAAUUGUUGAUGGUGUUCUCAUCGCUCAUCAACAAACCCCACUGGCCUACUCUGAAGUAAGUAAAAAUGGUUCAGGACGUCGACGCUUUCUGCCUACACCCUUGGGGCAGAGAGUCUUUCCUCAAGAAUAUUACCUGCAUGAAACCUCCCAAGUCCAUCCCUCUGAAAUGCGAGGACCCUAUUGCAACGCUUGUUGAUCUUUUGAAGCAAGAAACUUUCAGGCUCAAGGGAUUCCCCCUAGAAUUACAACUCCUUGCAUUUCAAGCCGUUUCGGAACUGCAGUCCAUAAUCCCAACCCCCUUAGACUCGCUCUCAAUCAUGCAACUCGAAGAACCUCAUCUUCAUGUUUACCCGAAGAUUAGCUACCUUGAUAUACUACGCGUGGAAGCUGUUGAGAAUCUUGCUGUUACAUCAUUGAUACCAAUACAAAGCCAACCUCAACCAGGAUGGGGAGUUUGGCCCGACGUUGUUGCUGAUGAACGCCUAACGUACAUGGAGAACCUCGUAGAGAACCACCACCAAUUCAAGAAGCAUCUAUGGCCGGGUGGAGACACUUCCACACCCAUGCUCAUCUACAAACCUCCCGAGGAGGAACCAAAAAACGAGGAGACAAGCUUCCAAAAAUGCUUUGAGACCGAGGAAGCCCUUAAACAAACCACCAUUGUGCCGAAACCAGAGAAGGAUCAGCAACUGCUUUCUCAUAACUGGUUCAACCAGCAAUUCAAACGAUCAGAUGAUGGAAAUGCUUUCUAACCUUUCUACGCAAGUUUCCAAACUACAGAAGGAGACUAAGCUGAUACGCCAACUCAUCAAACGCACGAAGUCUCGAACCCACAGCAAGCGUUCUGCCUUCCACUCUCUCAUUGGUGGUUCCCACAAACGCCAAUUCUCACAUAGAGGAUGUCAGACUGACCCUACAGAGCAGUCAACAGAGGAAGUACCUAACAAGACGUCCCCUAUGGAGGAAGAUCGUAUUGCAUGCACCUCCCCUAUUGUCAGCCAAUAUGCAGCUCAGCUUUACGGCCAACCUUCCAGCGAGCCAUCCCUGUUCCACACAACACAUCUCCCUGCAGAGUCCGAACACACCACUCCCGAACACAUUACACCCGUACACACCACUCUUGUACACAACACACCCCAACACACCUCACCCGAACACACCCCCACUAAACACAACCCUAAUUCUCCUAUAAUCCAUAACUCCCCCGUAUUCAAGACCAGCAACCACGCCUCCCUCGUCAAUAACCAAGCCGUACACACUACACCCAUCUCAGAUACUCCUUCAGGCACACCUCCCUUCUUGAGGUCUCCGUCUUCUCCACCUGCCAUCUAUGAUGCAACUGAUCAUCGUAAUAGCCCCCCCCCUUCCACCACCUCCUAUUCCAAGGUAGGGAAAUCUUCGAGCCCAUCAGUCCUGAUCCCCCAUCACUGAAUAAUCCUAGAUACGACACAUCAACCCACCGAGCUACGCCUAAACCUCCACUACACCCCAUCACACCAGAGACUUCUCCAACUAAGAGUAGCGGAUUUGCUGAACAUGCCUCAUCUGUCAAUGCCUUCGUUUCUACCGCUACAUCAAAACGAACCUCCCUCCCAAUCUUGAACGUGGAACUAAGUCAUGUACUGUUUUUUGGCUUUUUUUCUAUUGGAGAACCUCUACUAAGUGCCUUCAUUCACUUGAGUGCAGGAAAAUCUAGAUGACGAGGAUGUUGUUGAACUUAGCGACUCCUCCCCUGCAAAGCCAACUCCAAGACAUCAGCCAUCAGAUGAGGAAUGCCACCUAGCAGAAGAACUCUUCAAAUGCCCUUUUAUUCCAGCACUAGCCUCAUCACUCCGCAACCGCAGCAACAGUGGGACCUCUUCCACUCGACUCUGACAGCUAAUAAGCAAGUCUUCCACAUUACUCCGUCCCAAUUUGACUUCUCCAACAAAUUCUUACUGGAAAUAGCGCAGCGCCAGAAAUGGGUUACCACAUUUCACAUGGAAAUUUUGAUGUACAUGCUUGCUGAAAGGCACAGAGAGCUGCUUGGUCGAGAGAAGCUUGCUUUCACAACACCCUAUAUAGCAUCCGGGAUUCAGGAGGUAUACAAGAGGUUCAAGAAAUUGGCAAGGAAAGACCGAUUCCAAUGGGAAGACCGUCUGACUGAGUUGGUGCUUCAGCCAGGAAAGAAAUGGAUGGAAGAUGUGUUCACUAUAUAUACUCCUAUGAUCUGGGCAGAUAGACACUGGGUGGGACUAGCUAUAAAUCUUGAUAUGGGCUAUGUUGAUAUCUUCGACCCACUCCCGACGUUGUAUGAUGAUAAGAAGGUUGUGAAGUUCAUGGAGCCCAUCCUCACUUCACUGCCCUACCUCGUCAAGAAGGUUGCUAAACCACAACAAACUCAGUUUCGUGGACUCAAGCCUUUUCAUUGGCAGAGGAUGACCAGAAGCUACAUAAAUGAGCGGUCGGGUGAUUGUGGUCCAGUCAGCAUCAAGUUUAUGGAGCUACACUCUCACGGUGAUCCUCUUCAAUACAUGUUAGGAAUCACUGACGGGACCGUUGAUGAUCUACGCAAACAGUAUGCUAUGGAUGUCUACAAAACCAUCAUCCUACCUGCUUAUCACACUCCAACAUUCGGUUGAUCCCAAUUCCAUUUACUCACUUCUCUAUUAGCGGUAGCAUGAAACUUGCUCUAUGCAACUUUUUUCUGUUUCGGAUGGUGUUGCUUUUUCUAGACUUUUGCUUGGAUGUUGUGGUUGGAGAAACUAGAUAAUCAUACUGUAAUAUAUUAUGUUUAUGUCGUUGAUACAAUUGUUCUUUUGGCUAGUUGUUUCUGUCU